GCAACGGCGGCUAACCACCACAUUUGACCCUGUGUGUGUGUGUACGCCUUGAUGAUGAACUAGACAUCCGGGCCGUGUGUAUGGAAGAUGGCGACAAUUAUCCUCCCUACUGACUGGAUCAAAAAUUGGGAAAAAUCAGGAAAACAUGAGUUUGUACAGCUCUGCAAAGACCUUACAGAUAAAACAAAUCAUGGAAAUGAAAUUAGAGAGAUACAGGCCGCCCUAUAUGAGCUCUGCUGGCAAGUUGUACAGGGGAACCUGAAGCUGGAUCUUGUAGCCAGCGUCCUUGGGGACAUGAUGGAACUCAAAGAUUAUAUGCCAUCAAUUUUAGCAGAUGUGUUCAGCAUACUAGAUAUAGAGACUGGUGCACUGGAAGAAAAAAACAAACGUGAUCAUUACACUCAGUUGGUGGGAGCAUGUUUGUGUUAUAUACCAGAGGCCAUCCUGAAAGAGAGGCUGGAUCCAGAAACCCUUGAAAACCUUGGACUGAUAAAACAAGCCCAUCAGUUUAAUCAAAAGAUUGUCAAAAUCAAGACUAAACUAUUUUACAAGCAGCAGAAAUUUAACUUGCUAAGGGAGGAGAAUGAAGGCUAUGCCAAAUUAAUCACUGAGCUUGGCCAAGACCUGUCAGGCAACAUCACCAGCCACCUUGUCCUGGAAAGCAUAAAGUCGCUCAUAGGCUGCUUCAAUUUAGACCCUAACCGUGUUUUGGACAUCAUUUUGGAGGUAUAUGAGAGUCGGUCUGACCAAAAUGAGUUUUUCCUGUCCCUAAUCAAGUCCUACAUGUGUGAGCCACUCACUCUUUGCCACAUACUCGGCUUCAAGUUCAAGUUCUACCAGGAGCCUAAUGAGGAAACCCCAAAGUCACUUUACCACAUUGCUGCUGCUCUGCUUCACCAUAACCUAAUAGAGCUGGAGGAUCUCUAUGUACAUCUUAUGCCACUAGAUGCCUCCAUUGUAGAAGAACACAAACGAGAUAUCUCAGAGGCCAAGCAUAUUGCUCGCAAGCUGGUGAUGGUUGUGUUACCCUCAGAGAAAAGUGAAGACAAGGACAAGGAGAAAGAAAAGGAAGAAGAGAAGAACGAGAAGCCACCUGAUAACCAGAAGCUUGGUCUUUUGGAAGCGCUACUUAGGAUUGGAGACUGGCACCACGCCCAGAGUAUUAUGGACCAGAUGCCUCCUUUUUAUGCUACUUCUCACAAGGCCAUUGCGCUGGCACUUUGCCAGCUUGUGCACCUGACUGUGGAGCCUCUUUAUAGAAGAGCUGGCGUUCCAAAAGGUGCACGGGGUUGUGUAAUGCAUCCACUGAGGAACAAACGAGCUCCUCAGCCUGCAGAGAGCUUCGAGGACCUACGAAAGGACACUUUCAGCAUGCUGGGCUAUCUUGGCCCUCACCUCUCUCAUGACCCUAUCCUUUUUGCCAAGAUUGUGCGUUUGGGCAAGGGCUUCAUGAAAGAGUACCAAAGUGAUGGCAAGCCUGAUGUUAAAGACAAGUUGGAAAUAUUGCUGAGUUGUUUCCUAAGCAUUGCAGACCAAGUGUUACUCCCCUCUCUGUCUCUAAUGGAGUGUAAUGCUUGCAUGUCUGAGGAACUGUGGGGGCUCUUCAAACUCUUUCCCUACCAACACAGGUACCGGUUAUACGGGCAGUGGAAGAAUGAGACAUAUUCCAGCCAUCCACUGCUGGUCAAAGUCAAAGCCCAGACUGUGGAAAGGGCCAAAUACAUUAUGAAGCGAUUGACCAAAGAGAAUGUGAAACAGUCUGGAAGGCAGAUUGGCAAGCUGAGCCACAGCAAUCCCACCAUUCUCUUUGAUUAUAUGCUGUCUCAGAUCCAGUGGUACGACAACCUUAUUGUUCCAGUGGUGGACUCCUUGAAAUACCUCACAUCCCUCAACUAUGACGUCUUGGCCUAUUGCAUCAUUGAGGCCCUGGCCAAUCCUGAGAAAGAGAAAAUGAAGCAUGAUGACACCACCAUCUCCCCAUGGCUUCAGAGCCUGGCAAGUCUGUGUGGAGCUGUGUUCAGAAAAUACCCAAUUGAGUUGGCUGGCCUCCUGCAGUAUGUUACCAAUCAACUGAAAGCAGGAAAGAGUUUUGACCUGCUGAUUCUAAAAGAGGUGGUGCAGAAAAUGGCCGGCAUUGAGAUCACAGAUGAGAUGACCUCAGAACAGUUGGAGGCCAUGACAGGAGGAGAGCAACUCAAAGCUGAGGGUGGCUACUUUGGCCAGAUUAGGAACACUAAGAAGUCUUCGCAGCGUCUGAAGGAUGCACUCCUGGACCACGAACUAGCACUGCCUUUGUGUUUACUCAUGGCUCAGCAACGAAAUGGGGUGGUUUUCUUGGAGGGAGGAGAAAAACAUCUAAAACUCGUCGGCCACCUUUAUGACCAAUGCCAUGACACACUGGUACAAUUUGGUGGAUUUUUGGCUUCGAACCUCAGCACAGAGGACUACAUCAAGCGUGUUCCCUCCAUUGACAUCCUUUGUAACCAGUUUCACACUCCCCAUGACGCUGCCUUCUUCCUGUCUCGGCCCAUGUAUGCCCAUCAGAUUUUGUCAAAGUAUGAUGAGUUGAAAAAGGCAGAAAAGGGAAACCGGCAGCAGCAGAAGGUAACCAAGUACGUGUCAGCCUGUGAGCAGGUGAUGACGCCAGUGCACGAAGCUGUGGUGUCCCUCCAUCCUGCCAGGGUCUGGGAUGAUCUCCGCCCUCAAUUCUACGCCACUUUCUGGUCUCUCACCAUGUAUGACUUGGCGGUCCCUCAAGCUGCCUAUGAGCGUGAGGUGAACAAGCUCAAAGCUCAAAUCAAAGCCAUCGAGGAGAACCCUGAGAUUCCCUUAAAUAAGAAAAAGAAGGAGAAGGAACGCUGCACUGCCUUGCAGGAAAAACUACAGGAGGAGGAGAAGAAACAAUCGGAGCAUGUCCAAAGAGUUCUGCACCGCCUCAAACUAGAAAAAGACAAUUGGUUGUUGGCUAAAUCCACAAAAAACGAGACUAUAACAAAGUUCCUGCAGCUCUGUCUGUUCCCUCGCUGCAUCUUCUCUUCCAUCGAUGCUGUGUACUGCGCUCGCUUUGUGGAGCUGGUCCACCAGCAGAAGACGCACAACUUCUGCACCCUCCUGUGCUACGACAGGGUGUUCUCUGCUAUUAUUUACACUGUGGCCAGUUGUACAGAGAAUGAGUCUCACCGCUACGGACGCUUCCUCUGCUGCAUGUUGGAGACGGUGACCCGAUGGCACAGCGAUCGUGCGGUCUAUGAGAAGGAGUGCGUCAAUUACCCCGGCUUCCUGACCAUCUUCAGAGCUACAGGCUUUGAUGGGGGAAACAAAGUUGAUCAACUAGAUUAUGAGAACUUCAGGCAUGUGGUGCAUAAAUGGCACUACAUGCUGACAAAAGCUUCAGUUCACUGCCUGGAGACGGGGGAUUACACCCACAUCCGGAAUAUUCUGAUCGUCCUUACCAAGAUCCUGCCCUGCUAUCCAAAGGUCCUGAACCUCGGCCAAGCGCUGGAGUGCCGUGUCCACAAGAUCUGCCUUGAGGAGAAGGAUAAGAGGCCUGACCUCUAUGCCUUAGCAAUGGGUUACUCAGGUCGGUUGAAAAGCCAGAAGGUGCACAUGGUUCCUGAGAAUGAGUUUCACCACAAGGACCAGCCAGCACGUAGUGCCACACCUGCAAGUCAGCAAAACGGCCCCGGCAGCACCGGCAAACCUGCCACCAGCACAAGCAAGACUGAGGAGGGGGCAUCAGAGGAUGGGGAUCGAGUCAAGGACAAGUCUCAGGGGACAACAAAACCAGUGAACAAAGCCAAUAGUGCAGCAGCCAAAGUGACCACCAGCAAUGGGAAUGGUGCUCUCAACAGCACCAAAGCUGUUAAAGACGACAAAGAAAAGAGUGGGAAGGAGAAAAAAGAGAAAAAGGAAAAGGCAGCAGGCAGCACUCCAGAGACAAAGGCAGAGAACCGUCGCGAGAAGCAGAGAGAUGAAAGAGCAGGGAAGGAGGAGCGGGUGGCACGUGAGGGUAAGGAGAAGACCCCCAAGGCAGACCGGGAGAAACUUAAGGCAGACGAAAAGAUCAGCAAAGACGACAAGUCCAAAGCCGGAAAUGGGGAACCAAUGGAACCGUCCAGGGAGCGUGACGCCAUAAAGGAGUCCAAGAGCAAGGAGAAAGGAGACAGGAUUGUUGCAGCUGGGUCCAUCAAGUCACCAGUUCCCAGAUCAGAGUCGGCUGAAUCUGAGAGGGAUCACAAAAGACGAAAGCUCGACAGUCAUUCUUCCCCAUCCCACUCCUCGUCUGUUAAGGACAAUAGCAACGACCCCAAGGAGUCCACAUCCAAGCACCACAUCAACUUUAAUUCAGUUGCCCGGUCCAAGAGCAGAGAGAGGGAAAUGGAGAAGAAAGACCCCGAGAACACGCAAGGCAGAUCCAAAGAGAAGAAGGAAGAAAAGGAUCGGAAAGACAGGAAGAGAGACCACACCAUCAAUGACCACGAGCUGAGCCAAGAAUCCAAACGCAGGAAAGAUGAGAAUGGCACUAAUUCCUCAAAAAACAGCAAGAGUACAAGUCCUUCCUGCGACUCCCCUCUGUCAGCUGAGAAAGAAAAGAGCAAAAGAUCCAAAUCAUCCAGCAAAGAGAAGGCAGACUCCAUGAAACCAGAGCGAACUUCUUCCGGAGGCAAAAAGGAGUCCAGACAUGAUAAAGACAAGUCUGAAAAGAAAGAGAAGAGGGACAGCAGCGGGGGGAAAGAAGAGAAAAAGCACCAUAAAUCCUCUGACAAGCACAGAUAAUGUGCACUAAUCAGUCAAGGUAAGAACCACUCAGCUUCUGAAUUUAAAACAAGCAGUUGUGAAGUGUCUGACGUACUUUCUGUCCUCUUUUUUGAUCCAUAUUUGCUGCAGAUCUGAAGAAGCUGUACUUUUUUUCUGACUACAUUAGCAACUUCAUAUGUACUAUGUUGUUGACUUGUACUCAUUUUCUGCUUGUUUUUGUAUUUCUGUAACCCCCACCCAACUGUUGGUAGCUGUAGUCAACUUACAGAUCACCUCAAUAUUUUCUUUAUUUCUUUUUUCUUGAGUGUAAUUUCAGACAGUAAACCAGCUGUUUUUUGUUUUGUAUUUCAAUCAGUCAGUAUGAGCACAGUGUGCUGCUGUAAUCUCAGUGUUAUUCUUACUAAAAUGUGGUUCCUGUAUGAAGUUCUUGGUAGCAUCUGGUCAUGGAGUCAGUCUCAUUCUUGAAAACCUUUAGUUUUUUUGUACUUUAUUAGGCUUUUUUUUUAUUUUCAUUAAGAGUUAACAUGCUUUCCAUACUCACUUACCUCAUCUAGCUUUGAGAUGCUUAGAUGCUUUUAUUUAUCUUCUUCUUUUAAUCCAAGUAAAAUAGUAAACUUAAGUGAGGAAAAUAAUACAAAAGGACCAGUUUGUAUAUUGUGUACAAUAAUAAAGAGGGUAACAUGAAAUUUACAUCAUGUUUUUGUUUUUUUGUUUUAUUUUUUGUUUUUCUCUUUUUGGAUGUCCAAUACAGUUCUGUGAUUUUCGUGUUAAUCAGGUUUUUACAUAAUUUAUAUGAAUAAAAAUGUCAGUUCAACCUUGAUUCAGAUGUAGAAUUGUAAAGAAAAACUGCUUAAAAAUCCUGAUGCUCUGUACUCAAACAUCCGUUUCAAAAAUGACCUUUGGAGAUUUUAUCUGCUGUACUCAAUGAGUGUAAGCUUUUUUUUAAAAAAAGAAAGAAAAAAAAAAGAAGCCAAUAAAUAAUAGUUUUCCUAGUGUGUCACUUUGA